UAUACACAAAUUCAAAUAUUAACAUCAAGCAUCAUCAAUUUAUUAGAAAAAUGGCCUCUUCAUCAGCAAUCAGUGAUAACCACAGGGCAGCUCUAGACAAGCUAAAGGCAGAAUUAGGAUCGGGAGCUGAAAGUGGGCUAGGGGAUGAUGUGAAAAUGGCAUACAGCAAUGUGAAUGCACAACCAUCCCAAGCAACAACAAGAGCAUGUAUGCUCAAUGAUGGAGUGGGAACAAUCACCUUACAUGACUAUAAAGAUUGGUCUGGUAAAGUGUUUGGCUCGUAUCCACCUAGUAUUCCGAUGACUCGUUCGGGUAAGUCAACUCAUCGAGGCGUUCCUCCAAAAGAUUCACAGGGCUCUAUGGGGGCGGUUGUUUAUGUUGGCUCCAAUGUACAAGGACAACCUAAUAAUUGUGCAUGGGUCUUGGCCUGGUGGGUCGCUGGCGAUGGCUCUUCCAAUAAGAUAUACGUGGAAACCGGACCUUGUAGCAAGUAUCCAAAGAAUAAAAUUGACUGGGACUCUAUCAAAGACAUGCUGAUGAAUUCUAUUAACGAAAGUAAUCAUCGUGACGACGAUACCGGAGCUGAGGCAUCUGCUAAAAUUGAUGAAACUGGAAAUAUUCCUGCUUGUGCUGUUGUCUUCGAUGUCACCCUUUAA